AUGUUCGCCUCGGCGCUCGGCCUCCUGAUGCUCGCCGUGAGCUGGGUCCUCCCCAUGGCCACCUUCGGAUCCCCCAUCAUCAACACGUCCAGCCUGUCGUGGACCCCGGCCGCGGACCACCAGACGACCUGCGAGAGCCCCGCUACGUUUGCCUCGGACCCGACCCUCGAGCCCGCCAACUGGCGCGAGUGUGCCGCGCUAUACUCGUCCUGGGCUGUUGAAAAUGGCACUUUUCGCCUCUUUCCGGAGCGGCGGCAGACGGAGAAGGAGGAGCAGUCCAGCGGCAGUGGCGGCGAUGGCGGUGGCGGCAAUGGCGAGAACAUUGAUGGAUUCGUCGUGCUGCUGCACGAAACGGAUUGCGUCCUCGCCGUGCGGCCCAUGGAUCCGGCCAAGGCGCCCUUCGUCGUCGGCGAUAGGGACAUCAACAUGCUCCUCGAAGAGAGCCUGAAGAAGUUUUCGCGCGGCACCGAGCUGGCCGUCUCCGGAGUCGUCAAGUGCGCCGACGCGGGCGGCGAGAAGGCGGGCUUGAUGUGGCAGCUAUCCAAGGCGGCAAAAUAA